UAGGUGCAUUAGUGAUGACUAUUACUGUACCUCUCAGGAAAGCAGGGAGCGUCAGGAGCCAAGUUCCGUGUGUCACUGGCUAUGCCAGUGGGGGCAGUGAUGAACUGUGCCGACAACACUGGGGCCAAGAACCUCUACGUUAUUGCCGUAAAAGGUAUUCGCGGCCGACUCAACAGACUACCCUCUGCAGCUGUGGGGGACCUGGUGCUGGCCACUGUCAAGAAAGGAAAGCCGGAGCUAAGGAAGAAGGUAUUACUAGCAGUGAUAGUUCGGCAACGGAAACCUUAUCGACGCAAGGAUGGAACCACUUUAUACUUUGAAGAUAGCGCUGGUGUGAUAGUGAAUACCAAAGGAGAGAUGAAAGGGAGCACAGUGACGGGUCCUGUGGCAAAAGAGUGUGCAGACUUGUGGCCUCGAAUUGCCUCCAAUGCACCUAGUAUUGCUUAACAACUGUCUUUUUGAUCUUACGUUAGGCAUUGAUAUUCAAUAUUAAUCUUUGCAAAGUGAAAAA